CUUAUAUAUAUGAUGUCUAAGGAUAUCAGCUAUGAAUCAAAGAUUAAGAUGAUAUAUGCUUUAUAAAAAAUAGGUGAAAAAUAAUCUUUAUUAAUGAGGUAGAUAAAAAAGAAUAGAUAAGAUAAAUAGAAUGGUAUAUUUUAUAUUUAUUACCUUAAGAGAGGAAAAAUCUGAAAUUGAAAAUUAAGAGUUUUUUUAGAUUCUUUAAAUUUUAUUUGGAGAAACAAUGUGGAAGUUAAAUAAAAACUUAAUGAAAAUGAUAGGGAACUUAAUAAUGAUUAUUAAUUCCAUUAUUUAGAGUUAUGAGAGG